AUAUUUUAUAUAUACACAUAGCCCCUCAUUCUUCUCUUGCCGACUCAUGCUUAACCUCUUUUUAACUUCACCAAAACCAACCCCUCUCUGUGUGUUUGGCUCUUUGCCUCAAACAGACUGUGUUUCUUCAUAUUUUCAUUUCUUCACAUUACUGCAAAUUUUACUAUAUUUGAGAUUUGAUUUUUAGAGGUUUAGAGAUAUAAAGAUUGAAUUUUUAGCAUCUGGGUGGUUUAGAUUUUGGAGAUGAUUUGAAUUUUUAGCAUGUUUGUAUUUGUGGUGGAGGUUGUUGCUUAGUUGGUUUAUUGUUUUAAGAUUUUGAUUGGGUAUUGAAAAUUGGGGGAGUGAUUUUUGUUUAGUUUCCUAAUUUAUUGUUGGAAUAUGGGGGGAACUAUGUGGACUGAAGAAGAUAAGGCCAUGGCUGUGGAGGUUUUAGGGAAGGGUGCUUUUGAUUAUUUGAUAUCGAGCUCAGUCUCUGCUGAAUGCUCAUUUACGGAAGUUGAGAAUGAUGAGAGUUUGCAGACUAAGCUUUCAGAUCUUGUGGAUUGUCCCAAUUUGUCUGGUUUUAGUUGGAAUUAUGCAAUUUAUUGGCAAAUUUCGCGGUCUAUGUCAGGUGAUUUAGUUCUUGGGUGGGGAGAUGGUUCUUGCAGGGAGUUGAGAGAAGAGGAGGAAUCUGAAGUUAAGGGAAUUCUGAGUUCUCGUCAUGAUGAUGAAUCUCAACAGAGGAUGAGAAAGAAUGUGCUUCAGAAGUUGCAUUCCUUGUUUGGGGGUUCAGAGGACGAGUGUUAUGCUUCUGGUUUGGAUAGGGUUACAGAUAUUGAAAUGUUCUUUCUUGUUUCAAUGUAUUUUUCAUUCCCCAUUGGAAAAGGUGCUCCUGGAAAGUGUUUUGGGUCGAGGAAGCAUGUGUGGAUUUUGGAUGCGUUGAAAUUAUCCAAUAAUUACUGUUUUAGGUCAGUUUUGGCAAGAAAUGCUGGUACGCAGACUUUGGUUUUGAUCCCAACUGAUGUUGGGGUAGUGGAAUUGGGGUCAGUACGAUCUUUACCUGAAAGCGUUGAGCUUGUGCAGUCAAUAACAUCGGCAUUUUCGUCACCUCCCUCGAUCAGUAAGCCCCAGCCACAGACAGCUCGUCCGGUUACGAGGGAAAAUGGUGAAAACAGGCAAUUCUUUGAUGGAGGCAUCCCUGAAAGACAAAGGAUCACAAAGAUUUUUGGGCAAGAAUUUAAUUCAAAUCGGUCUGAGUUUAGACCAAAACUUGCUGUUAGGAAAGCAGACGAGAGGUCAUCGGACGAAUAUCUGAAUAAAAAUAAGCUUCCAUCUCCAAGUACGAGAACUUGUUUCAAUGCUCAGAAUUUGGCAAACUUCAACAAUGGCAAGCAGGGGGAAACUGUAGAAAUUUACAGCCCUCAGACUCCAACAAACAGUAUUCUGAAAGGGGGUGUUCCGGACCAUUUUGAUUUCAAACAAUUUGACUCUCAAAGGCCAGCCCCGAGGCAGAUAGAAUUCUCAAGGGCGAAAACAAUUCCAUCUUGGCCAGUUAUUAUCGAGUCUGAGCCUUCAGAUGUUAACCCUGUCUGCAAGGAAGAGCAAGCUACCUUAGCUGAUGGAAAAAGCCAUCGGAAGCGGGGGAGAAAGCCUGCUAACGGAGAAGGGCCACUAAAUCACGUUGAGGCGGAGAGGCAGAGGCGGGAAAGAUUGAACCAACGUUUCUAUGCAUUGCGAGCAGUUGUUCCAAACAUUUCUAAGAUGGACAAAGCUUCCCUUUUAGGGGAUGCGAUUGCAUACAUUUCUGAAUUGCAAAAGAAAGUGAAAGGCUUGGAAUCGAUUAGUAGCACUUCUAGAGAUUCAUCAUCUUCGGAUGCUAAAUCAAAUUUGGAAUAUCAAACCCAAGUUUCCCAUGUAGAAAUUACAGCAGCAGACAAAUUAGUCAAUGUAAGGGUGACAUGUCCUCUAGAAUCCCAUCCCGUAUCUCGAGUCAUAGAAGCACUUCGAGAGGCACAGUUCGGUGUUAUUGAGUCCAAAUUCACAGCAGCAAAUGAUAUGGUGUUCCACACAUUCGUUAUAAAAAUGGAAGGAACAGAACAGUUGACGAAAGAAAGACUGCUGGCAGCAUUUUCGCACCAAGCAAGCUCCUCGCAACCAUUAUCAUCAGUUGGGUAAGAACCUAGAAAUUAGUAUCUCCCACGCAUUAAACUAUUUUUUAUCCAAGAAUUAAGACAUGAGAGUAGUCCAGAAGACUUCCUCUAAUGCAUGUUUAUAGUUUACCCAUGACCUAUCUGUCAUAAGAUUUUAUUAGUUGUACUAUUUUUUUUU